AUGCCCUUCCUCCCCUCUCCUGAAUCGUCCCUGCCUCUGAUUCCUUCCCUGGCAGUGGUCGGCAGAGUGCUGCAGAAGCCUCACCAGCUCGAAGGGGUCAGCCUGGAUGUCUCUCCUCACUAUGACUUCCUGGAGCCCCUGGAGGAGGAGGAGGAGGAGGAGGAGAAGGAGGCAACCAUAGCAGCUACGGCUGCAGUGGAGGAAGGAGCCCUGCCAGCCGACGGAGGGAUCCCACUGACCGGCCUCCCGCUGCCAGAGGCAGCCCUGCGACAGCUCCUUCAGUCCAGCCGGGCCUUGCAGGAGCUGGCAGCCCCUGUCCCCGAGGAGUGCUCUCUCCAUCUGGAGGGCGCCAGGCUGUGUGUCACGGGAGGGGAUCCGGCCCGCCGGCGACAGCUGCAGGAGCACGUCCGAGCCACCUUGGAGGCAGCGGUUCAGGAGCGCCUCCCCUUCUCGGCCUGGGUCCUCGGCUUCCUGCAGCGGGAGGAUGUCCGUGGGCGCCUGGCCGAGCUGCUGGCAGAGAGGCAGGUGGUGGCCGGCUGCCUCCCGAGGGCUGAGGAGGUGCUGGUGGUGGCCCUGGCGCCCUCCUCCGCCCGCCUGGCCGCCUCCCUCUUGGGCUCCUUGCUGGGCUCCUUCGCCCUGGCCUUGUCGGAGCGGCACCUCCUGGCGCUGGGCUCCCCCCGCUGGGCCCAGGUCGAGGCGAGCCUCCGCUGCUGCCAGGUGCGGCUGGCGGAGAGCGGGGACCAGCUGGAGGGCCUGACCCUGGCCGGGCUGGAGGAGGAGAACCUGGCCCGGCUGGAGGCCUUCCUGCAGGACAGCGCUCCCGACGAGGCCCUGGUGGCCGCUGAGCCUGCCCCCCUCCGCUACCUGCAGCGCUACCACCAGGACCUGCUGGCCAGCAUCUCCGACGUCGCCCUGCUACCGCUGGAGGAGCCGGACGUCACCGGCUUGCGGGCCUUGGGGGCCACUGAAGCUCAGGCCUGCAGGGCAGCAGCAGAGUUACUGCAGAGCCUGCUUGGCGCCAUCCAUACGGAAACGGUGGUCCUGCAGCUGCCUGGCAUUCAGCGCUUCCUCCUGGAGGAUCGUGGCCAGGCCAUUGUGCGCGACCUGGAGAGGCGCUUCCAGUGCAUCCUUGGGUUGGAGCAUCUCCACUGGCAUCCUCCGGAGACACAGCACGAGCUGGAGUGGUCUCAGGAACCGCUGGCCCUGGGUUGUCAACGGGAGAACCGGCACGGAUCGGGGCCCCCAGGAGGAGUGGCCCAAGAUCAGAGCGAAGCCAGCCUAGAAGAGAUCAAGGACCUCCUGGCUGCCCUUCAGCCCAACCUGGUGGACCUUCCUGCAGCAGACGGAGACUGGUGGCCCCUGGUGAGCAGUAAAGGGGAGGAAGAGGAGGACCUUUACACCGACCCUGGGCAGGCGCCAGCAGGAGCCCCGCCUGCAGAAGAGGAAGAGGAGGAGGAGGAGGAGGCCGGCUCCUUGGUCCUGGAGGUCCCGGAAGAAGAGGCUUCACCCCAGGGGGCAGGCUCCCUCUUGGGCCCCAAGGGCAGCGUGGAGGAAGAGGCCCAGCUGCUGCUGGCCAUCCAGGAGUCAAUGGACAGCGUCCGGCGGGAGGAGGAGGAGCUGCGCCAGGCCACGGAGCUGUCCAGGUGCUCCUGGGAGAAGGAGCAGCAGCGGGGCCCCAGUCCGGAUGGCGCCCUCUGGUCGGCCCUGAGCAUGUCCCUGCAGGAGCUGGAGGCGGCUCGGGUGGUGGCCUGCGUGGGGUCCAAGGAGCAGGCGGCCCCUCUGGCCCGGGAGCUGGAAGCCACCUUGCGGGCUCAGCUGCGAGAGGAGAAGGUGGCCAACAGGGCGCUGAGCUCCCUGCCGGCCCUGUGCCAGGACUAUCUGGCCUACCUGGAGAGGAAGCACGCGGUGCGCAUCCUGCUGGCGGGCACGGUCGCCACGGUGCAGGGUUUUGCUGACUACCCGGUGGCGGCCACCCGUGACCUGGCGUUGCUGCUCACCCGGUUGUUGCAGGCAGAGGGCCCUGCGUGCCCUGGCAGCACCCGCUGGGUCCGCUGGGAGCCCUCGGGGGACGGCUCGCCCACCCCGUAUCCUGCAGAGACCAGCGCCCUCCUGGAGCAAGCCUGGCACCGAGGACUCAAGCGAGUCGACGUGUUCUUUGGGGGGCGCCCCUUCAUCAUCGACCUUGAGCGCAUGGAAGAGCACGACCUUGGCAAUGCCCAGACUCUGCCCAUUGGCCGCAUUGAGCCCCCACCCCCCGCGGCCCCCUCAGCCCCCCCAGCCCUGGCCGAGGAUAAAGGGCAGCUGGUGCCCCUGAGCGAGGCCUCCGAGGAAUUCCGGCAGACCGUCCGCCACUUCUACGACACGCUGAGAGGCCUGCACAACAAGAUCCACAUUGUCAAGGUGGAGAAGCUGGUGCACCCACUGUUGCACCAGCAGUACCAGCUGAAGAAAGCCGCCAUGGAGAAGGCCUGUGGGCACCAACAGGUGGAGCGGCUCCUUUAUCACGGCACGACGGAGGAGUCCAGCCGGGAGAUCUGCCAGCAUGGCUUCAACCGGAGUUUCUGCGGCAGGAAUGCGACGCACUACGGCCACGGGGUGUACUUCGCCGCCAGUGCCUUCCUCUCGGCCCAGGAAAAGUACUCGCCUGCCAGUAGCAGCAGCGGCAACAAGUACAUCUUUGUGGCCCAGACUUUGGUUGGGGACUACACCACGGGCAGCCAGAGCAUGCGAGCGCCCCCCCUGCGAGAAGGGGAUGCUGUGCCGCGGCGGUACGACAGCACGGUGGACAACCCCCGCGACCCCUCCAUCUUCGUCAUCUUCAACGACACGCAGGCUUAUCCCCAGUACCUCAUCACCUGCCGGUGGUCAAAUCUGCGCUGAACGAGGAGGGCGGCCAGGAGGACAGACUCUGCCUGCUACUGCUGUUCCCCACCCCUCCCUCUGGACCCCACGGGCCCUUUGUGCUGUGGGGUGAAAUGCCGAAUGUUUGGGGCUGGGGUGGGAGGAUGCCUGAGAGAGGACUGGCUGGAUUUGUGGCCCUCCGAGUCGGCAGGACAGCUGGGAGUCUGCUGUUGCCACAGGGGCACCGUUGGAGCAGGUGGGAUCUGUGCACCACCUGGGCUUAGCCAGCAAGACCAGCGGGGGGUGGGGGAAAAUGUGUUGUUUGCCAGCUCUUGAUUGGGGGGGGGCUCACAUGCUGGGAAGGGGUGUCAGUCAAUGAUGGGCAGUUUGUGCAUAACACAGCACACAAUUAAAAAGAAAAAAGCCA